AAUGUUAUCUAACUUAACACAUGGGACGUUAGUCACCUCAUGGCUGGAUGUUAAAUUGUGCCUUUGUGCAUUUCUUAAUCGUAAUUUUGCGUUUCAUGUCAUUUAAAGCGGUAAAGUAAAGGGAAAAAAAUGCCGGUUUCACGUGGAGACCCGGCGUUGCUCAACCCAUGCGGGUUUAAAUGACCCUUGCAGCGGGUUAACCAUUAGACAUUAUUUUAAGGACUUUGAGCUUUUGCGGUGUAUCGACUGACUUCUUUCACACGGAAACACUGAGCUAGGACAGAUACAAGGCGUGUUGCAUGCUUGUUGAGGUUUUUUUUUGUUUGUUUUUUUUGAAGGAAAUGAGCAGCUGUGAAAUUUGGUUAAAUAUCUGUGCACUUUUAAUAUAAGUCUGGUGCAAAAGCAUGCAGCCAGCAAGACCUAACGGGAAAUAAUGACGCUUCAGCGGAUCUGCAUUCAAAAUCAUUUUUACAAAUUUUACUAUUUUUUCAUAUUCUUCGGUUGCUGUACUUAGUCGCCGGGAGUUUUGCAUGAAUUAAUGUGUAAUAGUUCAUAAUAAUAAUAAUGAUGAUGAUAGUCGUUUAGUGUUGAGUAGGGAAAUGUCUAUCUAGGGAAUAUCUAUCAGUUAAUUUUCCUGUCUUGUGACGACGCAGACUGUUGUGUAUUUAAGUUUUUGGCUCAGGUUUCUCCAAGCUAAGAUGGUAAAGAAAGGCAGCCUUUAACUCCCAGAGCCUGUCUGCACCACACACACUGUUGCUUUGUUCUCCAGCACAGCCUGCUAUACAUACACAUACCAUAGCCAUAUUAUAGGACACCCCACCCCCUCACCAAGUAGGGCUGCUUCUCAGUCGGUCUACUUUUACACGUUUGUUUAAUUAGACAAUAGAUUUUCUUUUUAAAUAACAUUUUGCAGUAAUGGGUGUAUAAAGUAUUUUAUGAUUAAUUGACUGUUUACUAAAAACCAAGCAUGUCCUAACUGGUUAGUGUUACCAGAUCCUUGGGGCUUAUUUAAAUGAUAAAUGCUUUGUGCUAAGAUAAAUAACGUUAGGUUUUGUAUUCUCUGUAUGAAGCUGUGAGAUGGUCUUGGAUUUCCUGCAGGGAGUCUGAAGUGUUCAGUCAUCAGUCAUGUGUGUGAAAUAGCAGCAGAGGUUUUAAGUGUUGAGUAACAAAAGAGAAAUCAAAGGCAAGCCACCCAUCCCUUCUCUUAAGGUUUUCUUUUCCAUGUCAGCAGGCAGCCGGGCUCCAUUUGCUGGGGAGGGGGUUUAAAUUAACUUUCUGAGAAGGAAAAUUUUAAAUUGUGGAAAAAGGGUAAAGUUUCUGCCCCACUCUCUCCCAGCUGUUCUAUGAUGUCAUGGGGAGGGGCAUCUUUAAUCUUUUUGGGUGAUUUAGGGCCUCCUGUGGAGCGGUGGGGCGGGGCUACGGUGAUGUAAACACAGAUAAAAAGUGGCACACUGUCAGUCAGGGUCUCAGUCUACAGAAACUGGUUUAAACUUUCACUACAGCACGUGUUGGUGUUGCUGCUGGGAUUUACCCUUUUUAGGCGCUGCUUUAAACACACUACUGGCUCAGCUUCUCUGGAUCUAAACCUAACACGCUCCACUACCUCUCUGAUUUUUUUUUUUUGUCCUGUUUUUUUUUUUUUUGUUCUCCCAGAUUCUACAAUCAAACAUGUUGCAAAGCUUCGCUCAGUCGCAGGACUGGCUUUAUUCUGAGCCGCUGCUGUUUGACGAUGAGUUCUGCCAGAGUUUAAUGAAGGACCUCCAGUCGCUGCCAACACCGCCGCAGUCCCCCCCUAUGAAGGCCGGGGUGGGCGGCACUAAGCCCCUGUCCAAAGAGGACCAACUGAGCUACGUGUCGGACAUCCUGUUGGAGGAUCAUGACAUGCAGCUCAACUGGAACUGCGACUUCUUCCACUCCGAUGCUGGUGAGAAGGAGGGCGAGCCCAGCCAGCCCUGCUCCCCGCUGGAGGAGAGUGGUGAGGACUGCCUGUGGCAGUGCCUGGUAGCAGACAAGAGCCUGGAGGAGAAGCUGGUCUCCACGAUGCUUGGCUCCAGCCCGCUGCUGUCUGACAUCAACACCAGCAUCUUUGAGGAGAUCGCCGGCUCCACACUGGACUGCCAGAACCUGAUGGACACUCAGGAGCCCAGCGAGGCCACAUCAGAUUACGGAUCAACCGGUGGCGAGAUGUCCAACUAUUCCUCCAGUGACUCUGAGGAGGAAAUUGACGUGGUGACUGUGGUGCGCUGUCCCUCCAGCCCCUCCCCUGUGCCCUCAUCGGCUGACCUGUCUGUCCGUCAGCAGAAGAAGGAAGAAGAGCAGCGAACUCUCCAGCGUCACCACUUUGAGAUCCAGCUGCAACACAACUAUGCAGCACCCUGUCCCGCCUCACCGCCUCCUUCAUCCUCUUCUUCAUCCAACAAGCGCUCAAGAGGGAGUGAUAGCUCAUCGCGCUACCACCACUCUUCUCGCAGCUCUUCUUCAUCUUCAUCCUCGUCACGGUAUCAUCACCACUCGUCCCGGAACUCGACAGAGACUGAGGAUGAGGAGGAGCGGCGGCGGACGCACAAUGUGAUGGAGCGGCAGCGGCGCAAUGAGCUGAAGAACUGCUUCAUGCGCCUGCGGGACAACGUGCCCGAGCUCUCGCACAAUGACAAGGCAUCCAAGGUGGUGAUCCUGAAGAAGGCUCGAGACUGUAUCUAUGGUCUGGAAGAUGAGGGCCACAGACUGCAAUCAAAGAGGGACAAACUUAGAGCCAAACAGGAAGACCUGAAAGCCAGGCUAGAGCAGCUCCGCAGCUAAUGGACCAGGGGCAAACCAUGGGCUGCAUUUUUAGGUGUUUAGAGACAAUGUGAGGAGCAAAGGUGGAUUAGGGAAGAGACUUUGUACAAAGGCAGAUGGAUGGGCAGGAUAAAGAAUGGUGCGUCAUGCUGAAAAGGACGCACAAAUUAUUUUCAUUUCAAGGACUUUAUGGUAACAAUAUCUCUGUAUAGACUCACACCUGCAACUGUUGCCAUGGUCUGAAACAACACACUCAUUGCCUCAGAACUGAUCAUUCUCAUGCCUUGACUGCUGACUGUUGUAGUGUAUGAUGCUUUUUAAAGUUGAAAUGAGGGAGGAGGGAGCAGAAUUUAUUAUAUUUUGUUUGGCUGAAUGCACACUGAAGACAAGAACAAUACUUUUUUUUUUUUUGUUAUUUUUGUUUAUUUCAUCAGAAUUGUGAGUCUUUACUUUGGGGAUGCCAAAGGGCACAGGCAAAAUAACACAAGGCACCUGUUGGCUCAAAUAACUAGAAGCCACAUUUGCUCAGUAGUUAAAUGAAACUUGAAUAUUGUGUUUUCAGGAUGUCUUAUAGCCAUACUAACCAGUGAUCCCUCCAUCUGACAGGUGAUGAUGGUGGCUUUGGAGUUAUUUGGCCAACUGCACUUCUGUCAGUUCAAGUUGAAUUCCAAAUCUUGUGCUAUUUUAAUUUUGUUGAUCGCGAAAAAGGUUCUUCAGUGUGCUUUCAGCCUUGUUUGGCCUCAGGCGGACCCUUGGGCCCAACAUCACUCUAUCAGGUUAAUGUUGUUAAUGACAGUACUGUAUAGACCAGGUUUGAUACUGUAGACAUAACAAUGCUCAGUCUCAGUUCAGUUCACCACUAGUUCACUCACUUCUGUGUGUGUGUGUGUGUGUGUGUGUGUGUGUGUGUGUGUGCGCGCUUAAUUACUUUGUGUAUUUAAGUAUUUGUCAUUAAUAAACUGUUCAAGCUCAGUGGUAGCCAUAUUAAACAGCAUUCAGGUUUUGAGGAGACUGAACUGGAAAGUGAACUGAACUGUGAGCUGUGCUGUCGUAGCAAAUCAGCCAAAGUCGGGAUGGAAAACCUCUGGAUAAUGUUUGAUUGUUGCAUGUUUGAAACAGAGUGACAGACCGAUGGUGUCCUGACAUGUUAAUUUAAAGGUUCUGGUCGGAGGAAGCUGCCACAGCAGCGCUACUGUGACAUUUAGUACCGCGGCUUAUAGAGCAACCAUUUUGAUAAGUGUAAAUUAAGAAAAAUGGUCGACAUCUUUAUUGUUAGAUGACUAUUAAUCCAGUGGAAAUUGCUUAAAUGUCACUGAUCUAUUAGUCAGUGGCCCUCGAGGUUCUGUGUUUGAUCCUCUAGCAGGUGUAAAGCGAGAAAUUGUAGCUCAUUUAAAGUCCUUUUUAAAACUAAAAGGCUGAGCUUCAUCACAUUAUGAGGAUGAAUAUACUGUAAUUUACUUACAGAGCGAUCACGCUUUCUCAGCAGAUGUGACAGGAGAUCUUAAGCCUAUGAUGACAAAAAAUAUUGCCCAGUGUAAAAUAAGAUUUGACAUGUUGAGGAAUGAGGGCCACUGACCAACAUUCCCGUUUUUUAAAAGAUGGAUUGCCUUCAAUGUUCUGUGCCCAACACAAUAGCUAUGGAGGAGAGCAGUGACACCAAGGAAUAUUUAAAAAAGGUAAACAUUUAAGGCUGUACAUAUUCACAAGGAGCCUGUUAUAUCUAAUUACUAUCAGGUGUUUUGUUGAAGUUGUACUCUGGGCUGGAUCGGAAGUUGAUAACAUCAAUGGGGUUACUCUAAAGUCUGUUGUCAAUUGUUGCCAAUGUUAAUGUUCUGAUUGUAAUGAACUGUGCAAAUGGUAAACAUUAGCUUAUUUGUGUUAAUUUCUUAAAAUGCAUUCUGUUA